AUGGAGUGUAUGGUUCGUCCUCUUUCUCUGUGCAAUGACCACUGCCACACGGGUGAGCACAAGAAAAAGAAGGAAGGGAAGAAAUUUUGCUGUUAUGAUUGUGUUCCAUGCCCAGAAGAGAAGAUUUCGAGUGUGAAGGAUGUGGAGGACUGUAUCGAAUGCCCGGAGGAUCAAUACGCAAGCAAGGACAAUGAUCAAUGUGUUCCCAAGACAAUAAGCUUCCUUUCUUAUGAAGAUCCUUUAGGAAUCAGUUUGGCUUCCAUUGCAAUUUCUAGUUCCCUGAUCACAGCCUUGGUCCUAGGAACUUUCAUUAAGCACAGAGAUACCCCCAUCAUCAAAGCCAACAACGAGGAUAUCACUUACACUCUUCUCAUUGCUCUCCUUCUCUGCUUCCUCUGUCCUUUGCUGUUUCUUGGAGAACCAAGGAAGGUGACCUGCUUCCUCCAGCAAUCUGCUUUCGGCAUCCUCUUCACAGUGGCCGUUUCUUGUGUGCUGGCCAAAACCGUCACUGUGGUUGCAGCUUUCAUGGCCACCAAACCAGGGUCCAGAAUAAGGAAGUGGUUGGGGAAAAGACUGACCAACUCCAUUCUUCUGUCCUGUUCCUUUACUCAAUCAAGUAUUUGUAUAAUUUGGCUAGGAAUGUCUCCCCCAUUCCCAGAAUUUGACAUGCAAUCAUUGACUCAAGAGAUCAUUUUAGGAUGCAAUGAAGGGUCUGUCGUCAUGUUCUAUAUUGUCCUAGGCUACAUGGGACUUCUAUCAAUCAUAAGUUUGACUGUAGCUUUCUUUGCCCGGAAACUGCCGGACAGUUUCAAUGAAGCCAAGUUCAUCUCCUUCAGUAUGUUGAUCUUUUGCAGUGUUUGGGUGUCUUUUGUUCCAACCUAUCUGAGCACCAAAGGGAAAUACAUGGUGGUUGUGGAAAUCUUCUCUAUCUUAGCCUCCAGUGCUGGGCUUUUGGCUUGUAUCUUUUUGCCUAAAUGCUAUGUGAUUAUAUUGAGACCAGAGUUGAAUAAAAGGGAGCAACUAAUCAGGAGAAACAAAUAUCUAUCUUAG